AUGCUCGCACCAGAACCCACUGAGCCGGCCUCGAAUUGGGAAUUCACCCCGGUGCUUGACCUUCUUAGGUCUCCCACCUGCAGGGACAUCUCUGAACCCGCUCAUCAUGCCGGUACCAAGGUCCCUUCGUCCUCGUACGUGGGACAGUCAAGCCAACAUGUCGCGUCUGAUGCCGCCCGGAUCCCUGAGGUCAAACGCCAACAGAGCUACCCGAAGCUGGGAGAUUUUGCCUUGAUAUGGGAUCUUCUCAGCCAGGACUCGACUUCUACCAGAAGUAUCGUGUCUGAGCAUACCACUGACGCCAUGCCCAACGUUACUCAACAGCCUCUGAACGACGAUCCCUGCGCUUUCACAAUUCUCAAACGACCCUUCCACAAUGGAUAUCCUAAAACAAAGCCUACAGAGUCUUCGGAACUUAUUCCAGCCUCGACUACGUCAAACCCUCGAGUUCCCAAAGACACGACUGACGGUUCCUCUUAUCUCUCCUCACGACCAUUCGCUGAACCAGUCGUGAUUCUAAAGCGAAAUAUAACCAGUCAUUCUUUCAAAAGUGAUGACAAGCCUUCCCAUUCAUUACCUCCACGCACUCCGCCGAGGCCGAUCGGCAGCGCCAGCCAUUCUAUGGAGUCCUCCAAAGCCAAGCUCAAGUCCAAGGCUGGAGGAAAGGAUAGCAAAUCUAAAGUCAACGUCGAGCCAAUACUCUCGGAAAGUAGUACAGGUGCCGAGUCUGACUCGAGUACUAUUAUAUUUGACCGACCCAUUUCCAAAAAGCCUGGAGUGCUUGCGUUCGUCCCGUCGCAGGUGCGCACACCCGACGCACGAGGCGAUCACGAUGGAACCCCACCUUCUUCCUACGACGAGGCCGAUUCAACAUUGAACUCAGAUGCUGUCCAAAAUAUUAUCACUACCUCCGCGGGGAUUCGUGUCCUCCCCGCUCUUUACAAAACUGCGACGGAGCGAAGAAUUGGGUUGAUGACCAAGCUCCUCAAGGACUUUCCCGAGUAUGCUCAGCUUGUGUCGCAGGUGGGACGCUCUCCAGGCUCGAUCGCAAAGAAUGUUGAGCCACGUCUCAUCCAUGUCUUUGUUGACAUGUCUAAUGUCAUGGUGGGCUUCCACGAUUCGGUAAAAGUUUCGCGGAAGAUCCCCAUCACCACCCGAAUCCGCCGCCUACACAUGUCCUUCUCCAACUUCGCUCUGAUCAUGGAACGGGGGCGUGUAGCCGCUAAGAGAGUCUUGGUCGGCUCAGACCGGCUACCGUCCAUUGAUGAAGCCGAGAAACUCGGCUACGAAGCUAACAUUUUAGACCGGGUACAUAAAGUCAAGCACACAACACCGCGCCCGUUCAAAUUUCGAAAACCCGCCGAGGUCGUAACCCGCACAGCGUCUGGACCCGAAACGGUCGGCGUCAGCGGCGAGCGAUGGGUUGAGCAAGGUGUGGACGAAAUUCUGCACCUCAAGAUGCUCGAGAGUAUCGUGGAUACGGACGAGCCGGCGACGAUCGUCCUUGCGACCGGAGACGCAGCGGCGGCUGAAUACUCCGGUGGGUUUAUGCGUAUGGUAGAGCGUGCGCUGCAGCGCGGCUGGAGUGUGGAACUCGUCAGCUUCUCGCAAGUUACUAGCUAUGCAUAUCGGAGGAAAGAGUUUCGGACGAAAUGGGGCCAGCGCUUCCGUUUGCUCGAGCUGGAUGCCUAUGUAGAGGAACUUUUUGAUUAA